CGGCAGUGCAGGCGGCUGUGCCCCAGGCCAGUGAAAGGAGUCAAUUUAUCAGAAUUUUACAGAAGUAACUGCGUUCAAAGGGGAGUACGCAGGAGAGAAGAACAGAAGAAGGAAGGAAGGGGAAGCAGACAAACGAUGAAACCCUGCCAAAAAAUGGAAGAAAAAACAGAAAAUGAGAAUGAGCCAAAAUGUGAGGAAGAACCAGAAACUGAGGAAAAACCAGAGGAGGAGAAAGAACCCAAAGAAGAGGAAAAAGCAGAAGAAACUUUUAGAGAGAGGUUGAUUCAAUCGCUGGAGGAAUUUAAGGAAGAUAUACACAACAGCCAUUUAAGCAAUGACGAUAAGUUUAGAGAAGUCAAUGAAAUAGAUGAGAUAAGGCGCGUAAGAAACAAACUGAUCGUGAUGCGUUGGAAGGUUAAUCGAAACCAUCCUUAUCCCUAUUUAAUGUAGUUUGAUUUCCGUGUUAUUUGAUAUUAACAUUGCCAUAUAGCUUUCCUUUUUAUUACCAUUUUCCUGAUAUAUCUUUGUUCAUCUUUCUACUUUUAGCCUGUUAUUUUUAGUGCUUUUAGAGGUAUCUUUUGUUAUCUGCAUCUCACUGUUUAUUGUAUUUUGAACCAAUCUACAAGUCUUUAUGUUUUUAAAAUUUUUUCUUAGUACAUGUUUUCAGUGCAGAAUGACGAUAUUCCUUGUGGGGAGUUGGUGCUUGAACAUCACACAUCUCAAUUCUUUUUUCAUCCCCUUUCCUUCCCUCCUCCCUCCCUCCCUUCUGUCUUUUAAUAGGAGAACUUUACUCAUUUGUAAAAGAGAAAAGUUUCCUGAUAUGAUAAAAAAUGAGAAAAAGAUUACUAAGUCA